CCGCGCGCAGUCCAGCCGGCCCUGCCCUGCCCGGCCCUGCCCUGCACUGCCCUGCACUGCCCGUCCCCGCGCGUUCGGCGCGAUGUGAGGCGCCCGAACCCGGAGCCUCCGCCUGGCACCAGCUCCGCGCAGCCUGGCACCGGCACGCGCGAGGCCCGGCGGCGGACGGAGGUGGUGGCGGAGUUCCCGCUGCCUACAAGUCUACCCCGACCUUCUGAGGCGGGGACUGGGGGCAGGGGCGCUUGGCCGGAGGACAAGGGGCCGCCUAACGGCUGGGAGCUCUCCGCCGGGGGACACCGGCUCUCAGGCCCCGGUCUCAGAAAGUGGAUUUGACUGACCAAGGACGUGACGGGCAUUCGGCUUCUCUCUGCAUCUGUCGCCCAGCGCAGGGCCUGGCACACAGCAGCCCUUCUGCAGCGGCCGGGCUGGAGGAGACCAUGGCGGCCAAGCAGCCCCCGCCUCUGAUGAAGAAGCACAGCCAGACAGACCUCGUGAGCCGCCUGAAGACCCGCAAGAUCCUCGGCGUGGGCGGGGAGGACGACGACGGGGAGGUGCAUCGCUCCAAGAUCAGCCAAGUCUUGGGCAAUGAAAUCAAGUUUACUGUUCGGGAGCCUCUGGGGCUCAGGGUCUGGCAGUUUGUCUCUGCUGUGCUGUUCUCCGGCAUUGCGGUCAUGGCACUUGCCUUCCCUGACCAGCUCUAUGAUGCUGUCUUUGAUGGAGCCCAGGUGACCAGCAAGACCCCUAUUCGCCUCUAUGGGGGUGCCCUCCUCAGCAUCUCCCUGAUCAUGUGGAACGCUCUCUACACUGCUGAGAAGGUCAUCAUUCGAUGGACCCUGCUCACCGAAGCCUGCUACUUCGGGGUCCAGUUCUUGGUGGUCACUGCCACGCUAGCCGAGACGGGCCUCAUGUCCCUGGGGAUCCUGCUGCUCCUGGUCAGCCGCCUCCUUUUUGUCGCCAUCAGCAUUUACUACUAUUACCAAGUUGGCCGAAGACCCAAGAAGGCUUAGCCGCCCGCUGGGCCUAGGGCCCUGCCCAUGCCCGGAGCAGUGUGGCGCUGGGGCCUCAGCUUCCCUUUGGCUCCUGGAAGGCAGGAGGGUCCCCUGCCCUGCUCCAGCCCUGCCCCAGUGAGGCAGGGGGUGGGGGGCCUUCCUUUCCUCCUGGGCUCCCCAUAUGCUGUGAUCUCCUGGGCUUUCAGGCUUGACAUGCUGGCUUGGGGAGAGACGGGCUCUGCCGGCCCUAUUCACCCUGACAGUGACACCUGCUUUCCUUGGAGGCCUCCAGAUCCCCUCACUAGACACUAACGUCAAGCUGGAGUCAUGAGGGUAGCGGGCUAAGUCAAGGCCCAGCCUCCUCUGCCAGGAAGCCCUUCUUGCUUUUGAGAGAGGCUGUGACCACACCCCAUCCUUCUCCCUCCACCCCCAGCCAACCUAGUGCCCAAACGGCUGGACUUGCUUCCCUGUAAUCCUAGAAAACCUGAGAACUUACCCCUCCUCCUCAGUCUGGCCCUCUCCACAUGCACACCCAGAACACACACACAGACACACAUAUACACCCAUGAUGUGAGCAAGCACACACACAACACGCACACGCACACACGCUCGUCUGCACAGCCCAACUGAGGGCGCACAGGCAGGGUGUGCUGUCUGAGAGGGCACCUCCCUUUCAGUUGUUCUUCAAGGAUGGGCCACACACAGCCAGAAGCCCUGUCCCCACUCUCCUGGGACCCGGCUCUGGGGCACUCCGCCUAUACCCCAGGACUCCGGAAUCCCCUGGGAGCUCCCUCCCUGCAACCAGCCUGAGUUCAGAGGCAACCAGCAGCCACACCCACAGGCCCCAUGGACAAAGGGACAUACAGGCCCCAACGGAGGCCAUUGUAAGUGGCGGGGCUGGAGGAGGAGGAGCAGAAGGAAAGUUACAGCGCUCCCUCGUCCCCCAAAGCCUGAUGGCCACUGGGCUCAGCCUGUCCCUCACUCCUCCCUGCUUCCCGGAAGCUGCCCUCUGCACCUGCAGCCCAGGCUGCCCCCAAGGUCUGGCUGAGUGGGACUGGGUGGCCCCCAAAUUCGGCACGGGAAAUAAGUGGAAACAUUUCAGCAGGCCGCCUUCCCUCACCUCCACAGCCCUGUCCAAUGCCCUAGCGAAGGCUGACAACUGGCUGUCUUGGAGCUGAACACCCCCCUGCCCUGCCUCUGCCCGUGGGCCCCCCAGCCUGUGCUGUAUACCCCCCGUUAGUCCCUAUCCCAGCCUCUCCUGCCUGCCAGCACGUGGGCACACACCGGAAGUGGCGAGCCCAAGCCCUGGGGACAGGUGUGGGAGAGAGGCAGCCAUGGCCCCGGCCUCACUUCCCGUCUUGGCACAGAGUGGGGAUGGCUAGAACGUGUCCACAGGUGCAGGCGGCUCUGGGUGCUGCCAGGUGGGCCCCUGCCUGGGGCCCUCACCCUGUCCACCCCCUGCCUGGCUGUCCCUGCACCCAGAUGGCCUGUACCCAGCAGAGCAGUGGCACCACCAUGGUUACAGUGGAUGCCCUGAGGCUGCUUGGUACACAUGGCCGAGCCGAGUAGGAAGCUGGACGCUGGGGAAGGGCCCCUCUCCUGGCAUCUGUCUCUUGCUGCCUAAGCCUGUGCCUCUCCCUAAGGAGCUGCCUCCCUGCUGCUGAGCCCUGGUUUGGCCACGAGCCACUGCUGCCUCCCACAGGCUGUGGCACCUGCGGGCAGUGCCCUCAGGCCGAAGCCUCAAUCCCCCAUCCGAGCCAGGCCUUUUGAGGUCCAGCUGAUCCUCUCAUAGCUACGGUUGGUUUAUCCUCCCAUAACCGCAGGUGGAUUCCACACCUGCGACUCAGAGACAUCCAGUCUUCCAUACUCAACGGUGGGAUGGGAGGUGGGUGGCCUUACCCCACGGGGCUGGCCAGGCUCUGCACAGAGCUGUGCUCACAAAAUACCGAGAGGCUUGGUUAAACCUAACUGUAGUGGGGCCUGGGGGCGGGGCGAGGGAGGGGGCUGCAGCUGGCAUGAGACCUGGAAGACAGACAUACAGCCUGCCGGGCAGGGGGCUCUAAGGCAAGGAGGAUUUGAAGUCGGGAAGGAGGCGAUGGCGGAGGGCGAGGGACGGAGGGCCCUGAAGUCCAGCGAGGAAGGCCUGGUGUGGGCCCCGCUCUCUGCUCCGUUCAGGGUGACCUGGAAUGCCUCUUCUCCCAGCUCCCUCCGGCCAUCAGCAGCCUCUGGCCAAGCUUCUGCCUUGCCCCAGUCUACCCCCACCCCCAAAUCAAGACCACCUUUCACGGUCACUAUUUAUUCUUUGUUCCUUUUUCUUUUUGUAAGAAACAGUCACAAAAACCAGUGCAAAACCAUC